GGUUGCUCAUUCGGAAUAAUCAAAUCGCCGAUUUGAAACCUGCUCAUCGCUGCCAUUUUUACGGCACUGCGUGUUUUAGAAGCCUUGUUGACGUCUUGUUUCUGUUCCUAAGUCUAUGGUGAAGUAAAUUUUUUCUUUUUUUUUUUCAAUGUCCGACUCUUACCUACAAAAUGGACCGACAAAACGUCAAACCGGCGAAGUCUUCGAUGUCGCAUGCAAGGUGAUGUUGCUCGGGGACUCAGGAGUCGGGAAGACAUGUUUGCUGGUUCGGUUCAAGGAUGGGGCUUUUCUUUCUGGUUCUUUCAUAUCGACUGUGGGAAUAGAUUACAAGAAUAAAGUAGUGGAGGUUGAUGGCUCAAAAGUAAAAUUACAGAUCUGGGAUACGGCAGGUCAAGAAAGAUUUCGUAGUAUCACACAUGCAUAUUAUAGAGACUCACAUGCACUUCUUCUUUUGUAUGAUGUCACAAACCAUGCUUCAUUUGAAAAUAUCAGGGCCUGGUUAGCUGAGAUAUAUGAAUAUGCAAGACAGGAUGUUAUCAUAAUGUUACUUGCAAAUAAGGCCGAUCUUACAAAACAGAGGGUUGUUUCACGAGACCAAGGAGAAAAACUAGCUAAGGAUCACAAUGUAGCGUUCAUGGAAACAAGCGCCAAGACGGGACUUAACGUUGAUUUGGCAUUUAUGGCGAUCGCACGGGAUAUCAAACACAGAGAGGCAAACAGCACAACCGCUGACCCACAAUUCAACAUCGGACAAUAUGUCGAAUCGCAACGUGAAAGACCCGGAUGUUGCUCAUAGCAAGAGCUUAGCAACAAACGUCACUAAAUAAAUGGGACAACUGCCUAGACAUCCUGGCAGUGGUACGACCAGCAAAUUCAUACUGGACUGGAGUCUACGAGAUUUUCUCUUGGAGAGCUACAAGAACGCUAAAUAUAAAAGGCUUAAAGCCACAAAUAGAAUUUUAAUGAAUUUAAAUCGCUAUAAAUUUUUGUCAACCAAGACCCAUUUCUUAACUAAGGCAAAAGCAAUACACUCAUACUUUUAUAUAUAUAUAUCUCAUCUGGCGAAGAUCCUUGCUUCAGCGCCUUAUUAGGAAUAGGUGCACUAAUUUUAAAUGGGCGUUAGGGUUAGGGUUAGGGUUAGGGUUCAUAUCAGCAAUGAGCAAUUAAUGAGCGUGCAAUUAUCAAACACAGCGAAGCAAUUAAUGAGCUUACAAUUAUCAAACACAGAGAAGCAAUUGAAAUUGCCGAGCCAGAGUAAGAAACAGUACAACAAGUCAACUAAGAAUAAUGAUAGACAAGUUUAUGAAAUGAAAAAAAAAGUAAAUGGGGCUGAAAAUUAA